CUGGGGGAAGGGAUUCUGCAGAAACACCACACAGGGGUGUCAACGUGGAAAGCCGGUUUAUCGCGUGGGCAGAAUCCACAUAUUUAGUCUCCAGUUCAUUCAUUUGCCUGCCAGUACGCUGGACUAAUCAUAAUUGUGAUUUGAGAUAUUGCAUCCUGCCUGUGACCCUGUGCAGCAGCCACCACCAUGGCAGAAGCACACCAGGCGGUGGCCUUCCAGUUCACUGUCACCCCCGAAGGCAUUGACCUACAUUUGUGCCAUGAGGCAUUACGUCAAGUCUACCUCUCUGGUCUCCACUCCUGGAAAAAAAGGUUCAUUCGCUUCAGGAAUGGGAUAAUGACUGGUGUGUACCCAGGGAGCCCUGCUGGCUUCAUGGUAGUGGUUACAUCAUACAUGUCCUACAACAAAUAUAAACAGCUGGAUCCCUCUCUUGGAUUGUUUACAAAGCUAAGCCAAUACUUGCCUGUAAGUCGAUAUAUGUCUACUGACAGCCAAAGGAUACUUGGAGGAGUUUUGGUGGGUACGGGCGUGUGGAUCACCAUAAUUAUGAUAAUGAGGAACGUCCUAAAGUCUCUGUUGUCAUGGCAUGGCUGGAUGCAUUCGCGCCAUGGAUCUGUGGCCUGGAAUACUCGUUUGUGGCUGUUAUUAGUGAAAGUGUUUUCUGGCCGGAAGCCAAUGCUGUACAGUUUCCAAAACUCCCUGCCUCGGCUACCAGUCCCUUCCAUUCAGGACACCUGCAGAAGGUACUUAGAGUCAGUGCGCCCGUUGAUGGAUGAUGAGCAAUAUGAACGGAUGAAGGGUUUGACUAAAGACUUUGAGAAGAACCUGGGACCCAAACUGCAGUGGUACCUGAAACUCAAGUCCUGGUGGGCCUCUAACUAUGUCAGUGAUUGGUGGGAGGAGUAUAUCUACCUUAGGGGCCGUGGACCCAUCAUGGUCAACAGCAACUAUUAUGCCAUGGAUUUCCUGUAUGUGUUCCCCACUUCCAUCCAGGCUGCCAGGGCAGGUAAUGCCAUCCAUGCUAUCAUGAUGUACAGGAGAAUGCUGGAUAGAGCCCAGAUUAAACCAGUAUACUUGUUGGCAAACAAGGUUCCUCUGUGUUCGGCUCAGUGGGAGCGGAUGUUUAACACCACCCGCAUCCCUGGUUUAGAGACAGACAUUCUUCAGCACAUGAACGAGAGCAAGCACAUUGCUGUGUACCAUAAGGGCCGCUUCUUCAAGGUGUGGAUGUUUUAUGACGGGCGGCUGCUGUUGCCACGGGAGAUCGAACAGCAGAUGGAGAGGAUUUUGGCUGACAUAUCUGAACCUGAGCCAGGAGAGGAGAUGCUAGCAGCGCUUACUGCAGGGGAUAGGGCUCCAUGGGCCACAGCCCGUGACAUGUACUUCUGUCGUGGUAAGAACAAGCAGUCUCUGGAUGCCAUUGAGAAGGCAGCCUUCUUUGUGACUCUUGACGACACUGAGCAGCAUUUUGACGAACAAAACCCAGUCAAAUCUCUGUGCAGUUACGCCAAGUCUCUGUUGCAUGGAAAGUGCUACGACAGGUGGUUUGAUAAAUCCUUUAACCUGAUAGUUUUCAAGAACGGCACCAUGGGUCUGAACGCAGAACAUUCUUGGGCCGAUGCACCAAUUAUUGGCCAUCUGUGGGAGCAUGUACUUUACGUGGACCCUGUUAAACUAGGAUACACAGAGGAAGGUCACUGCUGUGGAAACCCUCACCCAAGUCUGCCUGUUCCACACAGAUUGCGGUGGGACAUUCCUGCUGAGUGUCAGGAGAUCAUCCAGAGCUCUUUGAUAGUGGCCAAGAAUCUGGCUGACGAUGUGGACUCUCACAUUAUCCCCUUCAGUGACUUUGGCAAAGGUCUGAUUAAGAAGUGCCGCACCAGUCCUGAUGCCUUCAUCCAGAUUGCCCUGCAGCUGGCCCAUUACAGAGACAAAGGGAAGUUCUGCCUGACGUACGAAGCCUCCAUGACCCGUUUGUUCCGUGAGGGUCGUACUGAAACUGUGCGCUCCUGCACCGUGGAGACUUGUGCAUUUGUCCGUUCUAUGAUUAGAGAUGAGACAGUAGAGGAGCGUCUGAAGUUGCUGAAGCAGGCAGCAGAAAAACACCAAAACAUGUACUGCAUGGCUAUGACAGGGAAGGGCAUAGAUCGCCAUCUUUUCUGUCUCUACGUGGUUUCCAAAUACUUGGGAGAAGAAUCGCCAUUCCUGAAGGAGGUGCUGUCUGAACCAUGGAGGUUGUCUACCAGUCAGACUCCACUGCAGCAGGUGGAGCUGUUCGACCUGGUCAGACACCCAGAAUACGUAUCCUCUGGAGGUGGAUUUGGUCCGGUGGCUGAUGAUGGUUAUGGUGUCUCCUACAUUAUUGUCGGUGAGAACCUCAUUAACUUCCACAUCUCCAGUAAAUACUCAAGCCCAGAAACUGAUUCACGUCGCUUUGGUGCUAACAUCAGACAGGCCAUGGUGGACAUGCUGGCUCUCUUCCAGCUAGACAAGAAAGCCAACAAGUGAUCACUGGUUCUGUGGGUGACAGGAACAAUGGUUUUAGUAAGACUUAUAUCGCUCAUGAAGCUUGUACAGCAUCAAAUGCUUGGAUAGUUUUUUGUUUUUGUUUUGUUUUAAGUUAAUUUAUUGCAGAAAUAAGCCUGACUGUAAAGUGUCUGGAAUCAUGAUGAUCAUUUUUGUUUUUGUGAGGUGUUAUGUCUUCUGUAAGAGCAAUCAGUCUUAGUGAUCCACUGAUAUGAAAGGAAGGAAGAAAGCAGCACACAACCGUCAAUAUGUAGGAACACAUUUUCUUUUUUUUAUGAUCUUAAGACUGCAACAUCUUCAGUAUUUUUCAAAAUCCCAGUCCGUAAGUCCCUCCGUUAAUAUGCAAGUCAUCCUUAAAUUUCAAUUUCUAUAUCCCAUUUAUCUUUAUUUUAUUUCAAAAGAAGUACACAAAUGGGUGCAUAUCUGCUUACUUUCUUUUUUUAGCCUCUGCUCAGCUUACAUCCUUCCCAUUGCAAUGCUUUGAUUGACUUAAUUGUCCUAGUUUAUGGCACUAUUUAAAAUAAUCAAGGCAUAAUUUUUUAAAGUGUCAAAACAAUCAAACAAAUAGAUUGUGAUUUUUAUAAUGCGUCAGACAUUUAUUAAUGAACCAAAUCUUUGAAAUGUGGGUUGACAAGAUUUUUUUGUCAUUCCGUUCUCUUUGCAAGCUUUUCCUCUGACAAUGCUGAAAUGUACAAGCUUUCAUGAUCAGUCCUGCUGGGAAGGUUUAGGAUUAAGUUUUUGCAUGAUUCCGCGAUAAUAAUAACGAAUCUAUUCAUGUCGAUAGCUCCUUUCAAGUCAAAGUGCUUGAUAUCUUGAGGACACUCUGAGGGCAUACACGUCAACACCCAAGUCUCCCCUGUUUGCAUGGUAACAGAGGGGAAGUAUAGGUGCAGGGUCCCAUUUUGCCAAAGUACAAGUAACAUGAAUAAGGAGCUAUAAAGACGUUAAUUAAAAAUUAUUCUGGGUCCACAUCUAGCUCAGACUAUUAUCAAUACUUGCUUGAUAUAUGGCCACUCAACCAAAUUAUGCCAAAAUCAUUGUGUUUUAUUGGCAAAGGUAGUAAUAAAGUGAUUUAAAAACACUGAUACAAGCAACAGGUGGUGCCAUGCUUUGCUGCAUCCACCACACUACAGAACAGCCUUGGGUCUUGGAUGGCACCCAACCAGACAGAACAAGCCAUUCCCACAUCCUGAAAGUAACCACUCAUUUGUUAGCUAAGUGACAAUAUGGAUGUCCCUUUGACAUUUUUCCAGUCACUUUCCAAGCUUUAAUUCUGACAGUGGUGAAAAGUAUAAGCAUUCGUGGUCAGCCCUGCCUCUCCCCACAGGGAAGGUUUGGGAUGAAAACUUUUCCUCUGACUGUUUGCAAAGAAAGUUUUACGGACCUUGACUUUGCAUACAAAGUGAUAAAUACCCUGAUUGUAAUACUUGAGAAGUUGAGUGUGGUAUUAGAGUGCCUGGGUUUGUGAUGGUCCUGGAUCAAGAGUAAUAUCCAGACUUGCAGUUCCUGGACUCGGCUGUCAGAGGUGUAUCUGCACUGAUGGAAGUGUUGGACUUGUAGAGACAUUCACUUAUCUCCAGGUCCUCGGCCUUUGAGAUGAAAAGGCGCCUUGGAAGAGUUUAUGGAAUCAUGCGGUUGCUGGACAGAGGUGUUUGGUGUUGUCGAUGUUUCUGCAGGAGGAUAAAGGUCCGACUCUUUAGGGUCCUGGUGUUCCUGGUGUUGACUCUUGGAAGCUAACCAGUGAUUAAGGCUGGUAUCUCAUGGAGAAGUGAGUGCUGACGAACGUUGUGAUUUUUGGAUUCGCCAACUUUGUUGGUGAAAAUCAAGUCCAUAUCUCACGGCGUGGUGAAUGCUGACAAACAUAGUGAAUUUCUGUUGCACCUGAGGAAGAAUUUCUUUAUCUGGCUGGUGCUGCAUCUAUUGUACUGCAGAAGAGAAGGAAGAAAGAGGAAUAUAAAGAAGAAAAGGUUCACAGUUUGGAUCGGAGAGUGGGUCUGAACCAAAAAGAACUUUAGCGACACGCAUUACAACUGUUUCACAAACGUUUGCAACUGUUUGUGGAAAAAUUAAUUUGCAAGAAAUUUUGAACAUGUUUAAAAUGUAUUUGUGACAAAUACUCUUUGCGACCCUAAAUACUGUUUGUGAACUGUUUUCUGCAACCUUUCACAAACCUUGACGAAACUCAAAAUUCGCUAAAAAUUCAAAACUCAAAAUUCAUCAGUAUUCCGCGCUCCAUGAGAUAUGGGCUUAAAGGUGCAGGUACCAGGUCUUUUUGGAGGAUCCUUGUAUACUUGGGGAGACUUGAAUGAGGCCCAUUAUGAACAUUUUAGGCAUGUGGCAUUCUCACUUGGAACAUUAUAAUUGAUUAAAUAAAAUGGUGCUGAAACGCUUUUACGGAAUGGGAUUUUAAAUAAGUUCAGCAAAGUGUAAACUCUGUGAUGUUGAUGUUGGAUGAGUCUCGUCCUCUAGGCGGAAAACUAGCUGGACUAAAUGCUUUGCACUAUAAAAGUGAAUCAGAUAAAAUACAAAUACUAAGAUAUGACUAUUGAGGCUCUGAAUACCAACACGGAAGCCUGUUGCUAUGAUAACAAUGUCCUCUAAAGGAUGAAUAAUCGUUGCCUUUCUGAUUAUAGUGCACAGCCAGUGUGUUUGUUCUAUUCAGCUGCUAUGACUUCAUGAAGUCGUGAUGAAGGCAGAUCUUGUUUAUGUGUUGUGUUUAUCGUUACUAUACUCAGGUUUUAGUAACUUGGCCUUGAAUUUUCAGGCGCUGGCUUAAACAUUAGCAGAUUAGUGCGACGGUUGAUGAUGAGAUGCAGUACAAUGCCAUGUAACCCCAGUAACUGCUUGGUAAUAGAUCUUUGACCUAGUUGCACGUGGCGGGAUGAAAUUUGCACAGUGUGUUAAAUCUGAUGCCAUGUGUGGCCAAUGGCAACAUUUGUUCAUGAGGAAAGUAGAAAACUGCCCUUAAAAUUAUGUACUCUAACUGACCCGGUAGUUCAAACUUAGUCUUUGUAUGACUGCUAUUUUGUUGGAACUGUAAAGUUUUUGUCAAAUGUCAGGUACAGCCUCGUGGUGUUGCAGCUGUUCUUGCCUAGACAAGAUGAAGUGCACAGUUACUUUGUGGGUUAUAUUCCUCUAAUAUAGUAAUAAAAUUAUGUUAGGAGAUUAUAGAGAAGGGCUAAAAUGUGUUGGAAUGCAUUUUUUUUAUGUAUAAAUUCUGUCCAUAUGUAAUUUUAUUUAUUGUUUUCCGUAUUUUAACCUCUGUUCAUUCUUUUACUAAUAUAGUUUUUGAAAGGUGCAUUUUUACUGAUUGAAUGCAACAAAUCAUGAGCACUAAGCUUUCGCUGAUUUAAGAAGUUAAACUGAUGAACGGCUUCCUUUUUCUGACGUGACACUGUUUUGUCAAGAUGUUUUGGUUGUAUUUAUGUUUAUUCUCAGUAGACAUUAUGUUUACAUUGCUGCAUGGUUUUCAAGGUAAAGCUGUAUAUGUUUGCCUUUAAUUUAAAGAUGUGUAUAAAGAUAAGCAGCUGAUACCAAAAUAAGUUUAAACAUAAAGUGAAUGUUAGAAAGUUGUCAUCUU